AUGGCCCAGGCAUCAGCAGGCUUUGUGCCACCGUCAAACAGACGCACCUAUCCACCCCAACCACCAGCACCAGCACCACCACCACAACAUCCCCAGCCGCACCAGCAACAACCGUCCGGCAACAUGAUGGCCCACUUUGCCUUUCCGGCACCCCCACACCACCUCUCUCCCUCCUCCCCACUGCACCCCUCCUUCGCCCCGCAGGCCUCAAUGACCCCGCCACCAGCAGCAGCAGCAGCAGCAGUGUCCCGCAACGACCUCUUCAACACAUCUUGGUCACCAGAGCUGCCCCCACCCCGCCCACUGGCUCAACAGGCGCGGGCGUCGUCACCCCGCCGAACCCCAGCUCCGCUCUCUGUUGCGUCACUCCCGCCCGCCUUUGCAGAGUCGCGAGCUGCAGCCUAUGCAGCGGCAACGUCAUCGUCGUACCGCUACCGUCGGCCAACGACGCCGCCGCCGUUCAUGUCGCCCCCAACAUCGCCGUCCGGGCCGACGCGAACCGGUGGAGCUGGCCCAACGGCCGCCAUCGGCAUCCCUGGAGCUUCCGGCUCAAGCGCCGUCCUCGACAACGGCCCUAUGGCCGACAACUCGGCACCACCGCCUGGUGGGUCCAAGACGAGCUCGUUCUUCGAGUCUGCAGCGGCCGAUACGCCGCCCCCAGCGCCGCGCCUGGGCAGCACACUCGGUGCGCCUUCGCCGCUCAGCCUGUCACGAGCCAGCAGUCUCCGAGCCCGCGCCCUUCCGUCAUUGCCGUCCCCGCCUCCUCCUCUGGCCGCCGACGACGACGACAUUGACAGAUUGGGUGACGCUGCUCCGUCUGGUCUGAGCCCCUUGCACCAGUCGCCAUCGCUGCCGCCGACAAACACCAGCAACUGGGUCCCACCACGCCCGCCGGCCGCCGACCACAUCCAGCUCCGUCUAUUCCCCGAACAGACGUAUCUGUUGGGGGAAGGGCGCUAUGCCCGCGUCUACCUGUCUGCAUACAAGCGCGAGGGAAUGGGGCCCGAGUGGACGUUGGCAGCUGCGAAGCGGUUGGCGCCAGACCGCGAAAGCCAAACAAUGGGCCUGCGCGAGGCCUUCUUCCUCAACCGACUCGGAGCGAUGCCAGCGCGCGCCAGCUCCCCCCUCCGGUCCACGGGCAGGAAGGCACGUAACGGUCGCGUCUACGUCGUCAAGCUCAUUGCCGUCAAGGAGGCCUCUGAGACGCCGUCACUGUCCCUAUCGGCGUACGCGCAUACCCGCAGUGCGAGCGACCAGAUUGUCGACGGCCCCCCGACGUCUCCGACCUUGGUGAGGCAGCGGCCGCGCAGCAGCACAAUCUACGCUUCCAACAGGCAAGAGUCCGGGUCGCACCCAAACCUCCCGCAACUGGCCUACGGCGACUCUCCCAAUGGCGGCAUCCCAUCCCCAGGCGCCAGUGCAAGCCGGCUGGUCCUCGUCCUCGAGCACGCGCCCCUUGGAACCCUCGACAGGUUACUCAGGACGUCGCCGGCGCUCGUGGGGGACCAGCUUUGGGGCAGGUGGGCGCGCGAGGCUGCCGAGGCCCUCGAAUGGGUGCAUUCGCGCGGCGUCGUGCAUGCCGACGUCAAGCCCAGCAAUCUCCUUCUCACUGCCGACCUCCACCUGCGGUUAUCCGACUUUGGAUCCUCGCUGCUCGUGCACCCGGCGCACCCGCCAACGGAUGGCGUGGGACUGGGUACGCUGCCGUUCUCGCCUCCCGAGUUGGUCGACCCAACGAAACCGUUUUCGUUCCCUGUGGAUGUCUUCUCCCUGGGCGCCACGCUCUAUCAGUGCAUCACAGGUCGUGAGCCGUACCGCGGAUCUCGGCCUGUGGAGAUGAUUCUGCACGUCCGCAACGGUGGCCUGUGGGCUUGGGAGGAGAACGAACGUCUCGGCCGGAUCGGGACUGCCGACAACACCCCAGCGACCUCUGCGCUGGCCAGCCCUUACCCCUCGGCAUGGCACGAUGACGCCGUCAACCAGCUCGUCCCGAGCGUGUACCCAGACCAGUCGCUGCGCCGCGCCGGCUCGCUCCGUGUGCCCAUGCGCCCAUCUCGUGGCGGCGGCUCCAACAUGCAUGGCCCGCUGUCGACCUCGUUUGAGCGGCCCCGCCUCAACCGCGUCGGCUCGGCAGAGAGCAUCAAGGCGAGCGACGACGUUGUGGCCGGUGACAAUUCGAGCGAGUCUCCAUCAGCCAUCAAGCUGUGGCACAACUGGGUCAAGGGCGGCGGGGGCGCGCACCGCAAGCACGGGUCCAAGCUGGGCCCGAUCGAGCGCCUGCUACGCUCCGACGACGAGCCGCCUUCCCCGCCCAUGUCGCCCAGCUCUGCAGGCCAUGGCAGUGCCACUGGCGCAGUCAGCCGCUCGUCGUCGCUCCGCAGCGUCAUGUCUCGUGCGCCAAGUCUCAGGUCCCCCACAUACCGUAACCCGACCAGUCCCACGGGUUACCUCGUCUCGCCCGCAGGUUCACCGACCGUCCCGUGCCCGCUCUCCGUCAGCCCCACCGCUGCGACGACCGUCGAGCCGUCGCCGGCGUAUUCGGACGGCGCGCCAGCCAUGUUCUUCCUCGGCGGGGACUGCCAGCGCGUGCCCGACGACGUGCGGGAUGUCAUUCGUGCCAUGCUCGACCCCGUCCCCGAGAUGCGGCCCACUGCAAGCGAUGUGGUUGGCGCAUGGGACCAGCUGUGCGUAGGCGUGGACGAGGACGAGGACGCCGAGGGCGAGGAUUGA